GCUUCUUGACUUGACUUGACUUGACUCGAGAUGAAGCAUGGUAGAGGUUGCAGGAAAAGGUUAGGUUAGGUUGAUACAUGAACUCUAGUGAGUCAAGCAAGGUGGGCAGCAGGGUCUUGAUGAGCCUCUGGACGGUAAUCAUUGAGGCAGGUCACUGAAGUUUUCCAGAGAAGAUGUUAGUUGGCCAUGAAGCAUGUUGGAAUGACUGCAUUACACAGAGAGAUGUUGAAGAACAUCAAUCAGCUGGUCUGCACAUCCUUAGAGCCCUCUUCCAGAAGUGUUGUCUGGUCCAGCAGCUUUCUGUGGAAAGUUUGUAGGAAUUCGACUUAUAAAUAAUAAAUAUUCUGCUUUGGGAUAAUAGGCCAAAAUAUCUAAGCUAUUAUAUAAGCUUCAGAUUUAAUUCAUUUUGAUAUUUUAAUAUAGAUUAUAAUUUAUAGAAAAUACUCUUUUCUUCAAUGUAGAUCAUUUUGAAAACACAGUAUUUCACAAAAGUGAGUACACUCUCUCAUUUCUGUAACUAUUUUAGUAAUCUGAGUGAUAACAGCUGUACGUGAUGUAACGAUGCAAAGCCACAUGUCCUAUUCAUUAUGUUAAUGUUUUUGUCGCUUGACAGAACCAUACAAAUUUGUGUAUCUUUGAGUCGAAUAUCUCAUACUGAUCACUGGAUGUUCCACAUGGCACUUCAUGGUAAAGACUCUCUGAGGAUUUAAGAAUUAGAACCCUUGCUUUCCACAAAGAUGCCGAGGCUAUAAGAAGACCGGUAUCACCCUGAAACUGAUUUACAGUACAGUGGUCAGGGUCAUACAAAGGUUCUCCAAGACAGGUUCCACUCAGAACAGACCUCACAAGGGUCCAUCAAACAAGUCGAGUCCUCAUGCAUCAGGUUUUAAAGAAGCUGCUUCAAAAAAACAGAUGUGUGAGUACUGCAGCAUUGCUUCAGAGGUUGCAGAAGCAGAAGUUACCCUUUUUAGUGCUCUGACCGUACGCUGCACACUGCAACAAGUCAGUUUGCAGACCGUCAUCCCAGAAGGGACCUUCUCUAAAGCUGGCUCAGAAGAAAACCCGCAAACAGUUUGCUGAAGACAACCUGUCCAGGAGCACAAAUUUCCUGGAACAAUGUCCUGUGGUCUGAUGAGACUAAGAUAAACUUGUUUGGCUCAGAUAGUGUCCAGCAUGUGUGGUGACACCCUGGUAAGGAGAACCAAAAUAACUGUCUUGCCUACAGUGAAGCAUGGUGGUGGCAGCAUCAUGGUCUGGGGCUGCAUGAGUGCUGCUGGUACUGGGGAGCUGCACUUCAUUGAGGGGAAACAUGGAUUCCAACAUGUACUGUGACAUUCUGAGGCAGAACAUGAUGGUAGAAUUUACGAGUGCCAAAUUUUGUUAUGAAGUCUGUGAGGCUGCUGCCACUGUCACUGCAGCACUGCUCAUUCAGUGAAAAUCAUCAACCAAAUGGGUUCAUUGUCUUUAUCAAUGUAAACUUUUACCCUCAUGUUUGUUUUUCACUGAAUUUAAAGCAUUAAAAUACAUGAAAAGACACAUUACUAUUACUCUUCUACUUUGUCUCAGUAAAGAAUUGAAUAAUUGACGAAAAAAUGCUACAGUUGGUACAGAUGUGUACAAGUGGCACAGAGAUGUAGUCUUUAAAACUGUCGGUGGUAAAAGAAGAUAUUGAUAUUCUCUAUUUUUUUUUUUUUUCCAAACUUAACUGAGCAGAGACUUUUUUUUUAUCGAGGCGUGGCUUACCAGUGUGGCUAGUCAGAGAACCAAUAAAGAAUAUGUAUUUAAAAAAAAAAGUAUAAAUGUUGACAAAUCUGCUUUCUUAAGAACAGAACUAGUUUGGAGUUUGUUUGUUCUUUUUAAUAAAUUACCUGAAUAUAUCUGAACUGGCAUAAACUGUUCAAGUUUCAAGUUUAUUUCUAUUGCACUUUUCACAACAGACAUUGUCUCAAAGCAGCUUUACAGAUUUUAACAGGUAAGGUGAAUGGUGUGCAUUUAUCCUUUAUGAGCAAGCCAUAAACUGUUCUUUAAUGCUUGGAGAAAUUAAUGGAUUAUUCGGGAAAUGUUACAUAUUUAAUCCUGACAGGACAUGUGGAGCUGGAGAAGUACAGAUAUGUUUAUUUUCUAGUUACCCUUUCUAUAUACCUAAUGAUCAUCUGUUUUAACACUAUUGUCAUUUAUGUUAUAUACACAAAUGAGCGUCUUCAUGAGCCUAUGUACAUUUUUAUUACUGCUUUGCUCAUGAACACAUUAUGUGGAUCAACUGCAUUUUACCCUAAAUUUCUGAAUGAUAUUUUAUCCAAAAACAUAAUUGUCUCCUUUGAAGCAUGUGUUUUUCAGGCAUUUUUCAUUUAUACUUAUGCCAUGUCAGAGUUUAUGUUGUUGUCAGCUAUGGCCUAUGACAGAUAUGUGUCUAUUUGUAAACCAUUACAAUAUGCUUCUAUUGUAAAAAUGUCUACAGUGAAAAGGCUCAUAUUUUUGUGUUGCUUUGUGCCUAGUUGUGAAAAUGGUAUCACAAUGGUUUUACUCUAUCAGCCAAAACACUGUAAUUUCAAGUUAAAUAGAAUAUACUGUAACAAUCAUGCAAUUGCUAAACUGAGUUGUGAAGAAAUUUCUGCAUAUAGUUCAUAUGGAUUGUUUAUUUUCAUCAUUGCUGUAUUUCCACAAGUGAUCUUCACAAUCUACUCAUAUAUACGGAUACUUUCUGUCUGUUUAAAAAAUUCAAAAGAUUUCAGAGCAAAAGCUUUACAGACCUGUUUACCACAUAUUUUAAUUUUCAUAAGUUUCACUGUCACUACAUGUUUUGAAAUUAUAAAUAGUAGAUUAGAAGGAAAUAUGCCUCACAUUAUAUCCAUGAUUAUGUCAGUAGAAAAUCUGGUUAUUCCUCCUCUACUGAAUCCGAUUAUAUAUGGACUAAAACUGCAGGAGAUUUUUAAUAGGAUUAAACAAAUGUUGCGAAGGAAGAAAACAGAUAUCUUUUUAGAUUAGCUCUGAUAAAUGAUACAGUUAUAGGCACUAAACUUAAAAAUUCAAAUUGUAACCUUUUACUUCUCUGUAAAGCAGUGUUAAACGCGCUCUCCAAAUAAAACUGAAUUGAAUUUAAUAUGUGUGUGUGUGUGUGUGUGUGUGUGUGGGUGUGUGUAUAAACGCAGCAGAGGCCAAAAUAGAAAAUGUUGUUAUUUUCUGUAACUUUUUUUUUUUGUAACUGAAAAGAAACCGUUAAAAGGAACAGUCUGAAAAGAUUAAACUAGUUUGUGAUGUCUGUACAGCUGUAGAGCAGAUUAUUGUAUUGGUGUGUGUUCAUGUUGUUGUGAGGCCUGCUCAGUGUGUACUGUACAUCAGCGGUCCCCAAACUUUUUUGCACCACGGACCGGUUUAAUGUCAGACAAUAUUUUCACGGGCCGGCCUUUAAGGAGUGGCAGAUAAAUAGAACAAAAUAAAGGAUACGAUCGGCAAAUAAAUUGUAUUUUCUAAAUCUAUUAA